GCUGAAAGGUCAAAGGGCAAGCUUAGAAAGAACCCAGCCACCAGGGGACCUGGAAGGACCAUUGGGGGCCAUAAUCUUGCAUUUUACCAAGGAAGAAACUGAGUCUCAGAGAGCAAAAAUAACUUGCCCCAAGUCUCUGGGCUACUUAGUGCUUUGCUUGGCUGGGAUUUGAUCCUGCAUGGCUAGAUAACCCAGUGGUUGGUGGUUUUUCUCCGGACCACAGUGCCCUGGCUGCACUAAAUCAGGUCCUAAAAGCAGUAGUCACAAAGGAGGAUUUCCAGCUUCACCUCUUCCCUUUGCCUUCUCCCCCCCCCCCUCGGAAUUUCCUCUUUCCUUGCUGCCUGCCUUCCCGUGUCAGCCCUUCCUGCUCAUGAAGCACCCCUUCCCCACCCCCCAUGUGGAUAUUUAUAGAAACAAAUGUGCUAGGGUAGAGUCACUGGGCCCUACCCGGAAAAUUGAUCCCUGAAUGAACCUCCCAGACCUCUCUCACCAGCCAGAAGGGAGCCAUGGCAGUGACCCAUUGCUUGUGUAGGCAUGUUUUAUGAGUAUUCCAAGUUUGAUCUCAACAGAAGGAGUAAUUAAAAUAGGAGGAAAAAAAAAACUCUUAAGACCAAGAGCACAACAGCCACUGGGCCCGUGCAGUUUGACCUUGUAGCAGUGGAAACCAACAGCCCCUGCGUUGUUGGGAGAAAGGGACAAGUUAGUCAGUACUUAAUAAGAUGGAGGCCAGGAAGCCCAAAUCUUUUGUUCCUGCUGCAGGUUACAGAACUGAGUUUUACACUAUCAAUGCUUUUCUCAACUCCAUGGACCACCAUGGAUGGUUUCUGCUGCAAGGGAAGAAAUAUUUUGGGAGUUGGUGAUGGGCUCGCUCUUUCCCUCUUUCUUCAGAAGCCAGAUUCUCUAAUCCAGUUCAUUUGGGCAGCCAGCCAUCUUGCUGGAGUGCUUUCCAGAGUCCCGUGAGGUAGGAGGGGGCAGCUUGAUCUGGCAAGUGCUGGCCCCAGAAAUGACAUCAUUUAACAGGUGGAAGUUUGGUUGUUGCCCACUUCUGUUGCACUGAUGCUUUUUUUUUUUGUCAGAGAAGAAAUUACAAGUGGGUGACCAAGUCAGUAUGGUUGCCUGUUCAUCUCUCUCCCUCCUCAGGUCUACAAAAAUGGCAUGUUUUACUAACACUAAUCUAGGACUUUUUGCUAAUCUAGAACAUUAGUGAACUAAGAAUUCACUAUAUUAGACUAUGGACACAGACAAAUUUAUAUUAUAAAAUGCCACCUUACAUUAGGAAAUAUAUUGGUUACAACCCAGUUUUAUUAGGGUUUUUGUUUAUUUUUGAGGAACUUGGUCUGUUUUUUGUGGUUUUCUCUUUUUUUUUUUUGAGGAAAAGGCUAUCAUCUGAAAUUUUAGUAAAUAGGAUAAGUUCAGGUUUUUACUAAAUGUUUAAUGAAGGGGUUGACUUUUAGUUCCAUCCAGCCUUAAAUCUGAUUCUACAUUUUCCCGGAGUUAACUGUUAUAGAAAUCAUAGAUGUAGAGCUGGAAAUGGACUCCAUCAGUUUUGCAAUUCAGCUGUCAUUUUACCAGUAAGGAAACUGAGGCCCAGAGGAAUAAGUAGUUGGGAAUCACAGCUUACACAACCCAGCGUCACACAUGUAGAAAGCUGCUGAUGAAGAAAGGUAGCGACUACUAGAAGAAGUAUGUGCCUUAUUUGUAUCAGUUUGAUAAAGGUAUACCUUUUUGAUUGGAGGUCCAAUUUGUCCUUCAGACAUCUUUGAAAUGAAAUAAUUUGAAAUUGCAUUUGAAAUUUAAAAAGCCCUAUAGUCACAGUAUGCAUUAUCAUCAUAGAAUUUAUAAGGUUUGCAAAACACUUUACAUAAGUUAUCUUAUUUGAUCCUCCCAAUAGCCUUCUGGAAAAAGAGGAAAUUGAGGGUGGGAGAGUUUAAGCAUUUUGUCCAGGGUCACUUAUGUUGUAUCGGAAGCAGGAUUUGAAUUCAAUUCUUGAUGACUCCCAAGAGUAACACUACGUACUGUAUCACCUGGCUCCUUUUAGGACAAUGUGGUGUAUCAGAAAUGUUGUUAAGGCUGUCCUUUGCUGAUUCAAUUACCAGUGUCAGCACUUAUCUAGGUGGCCAUUUGCUUUACCUGUGUGCUAAUUCUCUGUGAAUUACCAAUGACUAAAUAUUUAAAUUGGGAAAUAUGCUGGAAUUAAAAAAAAUAUUUUCCUGUGGGAGGAGCUUGGGCAGGGGGAGACAUUGUACAGUAGUUAGAUAUUUCAUCCAGUUGUAAACCAAAAGUAAUCUUGGAGAUCAUCAAGACCAACCCAGUAGUUUUACUGAAGAAAUGGAGGUCCAGAGAUGCUGGUUGAGCUCCCCAAGUUCAUAUGUUUGUGUGACUUGCAUUUGUUUACCACAACUGCACAUUGGCUGAUGUUCUUAAUUGUAGUAAGUGUUUCUAGGUUAUAGAGAGGCUCAUACACUUUUCUGACCCUAUAUUUCCCCACACUUAAAAGACUGCUAGAAAUUUUUAUUUUUAAUUUCAGGACAGUUAGACCUGGGAAGAGCUAUUUUUAAUUAAGAGUGAAAAAAAAAUCAGCAUUCUGAUGGGGAAAAUGAUCUUGUCAUAAGAAUUUGCUCCAGCAUCUCUUUGUACAUGUUAUAGUAAAGAGGGACCCAAAGGGUAAUACUGAAUAUACUAAAUAUAGCGUAAAGAUGAUGAACUUUGGGACUUAAUUUGUCUCCUUAUCACCUUCUUCCUGGCUCUUGGUAUGUAUGCAAUAUUCUCUCUCCCUCUCCCCCUUCUCUCUCUCUCUCUCCCUCUCCUCUCCUCCCCUGUUCAUAUCUCUGUCUCUUGCCUUUCCUUUCCUUCUCCUCCCUCUCGUUCAUUUAUCUUCCCACACCUAUGACACAUUUGAUUUGUGAGACAUGGGAGACAGUGGCGCAAGGCUAUCCGGCAUGGUGUGUCUGCAUCAAAGAAGGCAUUGUGAUCUAUGAGCAAAGUAGAAUUGUUGUGAGAUCCUCAAAUCUAGAGACAAUUCCCUCCCAAAUGUUCGUAUGGGCUAUUUGUACCUCACUUGUGAUAGAGUCUUCUGAGCUCAUAAAUGUGUACAUUGACUCUACCAUAGUGAUGUCAUUUCUGUCUUCAAGAACGAAAGACAACAACCAAGCAAUUUUCUCUUGAGUUCUAAGCUAAAAGUAUUCCAGAUAACCUUCUGUGGGUUAUCUUCAGGCAUAUGGGAGAUACUAUUGGAGCAUUUUCCUCAUUUAAUUUUCAUGUAACUUGAUAACAUUUUAUGGUGCCAUUCUUCUGUAAAGCAUUCUCCAGGCAUUAAUCAUCCAUGCCAGAUCUCAAUGAGGACUCAAUAAGUGGCAGUAUCCCCAUUUAGUGCAUGGGGAUUUUUCAAAGCAGAGAAAAUAAACUGUAGAGGGUGGAAUUAAGGUUCUAACCCUCUUGGAUUCCAUCUUACUCCUAGACCACUAGGCAGUGCUUCCGAGAUGACAUCAGAGUAGCGCAUUAUGAUACUUAAGGCACUUGGGAACGUUGGCUCCACGAGUUAGCAGGAGUUUGCCAUUUGAUUAUUGGCAGUGAUUUAAAUAGCCGUAUUGAAUAGAGCACAGAACUGUUUCUGUUAAACUUUUCAAGGUAUUUAAAAAAAAAAAAGUUCCUUGAGUAGAGUUUGGUGGCCAGAGGAAUAUUUUCGGUGGAAGCCAGCUAGUCUAGAUUAGAGAACUAUCUGACAGCUAACUUCAUGGGACAGUGAGAGAGAUUGGUGGCAGCAAGCACGUUAUGAAUGAUCACCUGGUCAUUGGCAGCCACCCACAACUACAGGUACAGCAGCUUUUUGAAGAUAAUAGUAAUAAGAGGACAGUUCUUACUACGCAACCAAACGGGCUUACAACGGUCAGUAAAACUGGAUUGCCACUAGUACAAGACAGACAGUUGGACAGCAUUCAUAGACGUCAGGGGAGCUCAGGCUCCCUGAAGUCUGCAGAAGGACCCGGGAAAGUAAAAGCCGCCUCUAUGACACCGGAACAGGCAAUGAAGCAGCACGUACUCAAACUAACCACCUUUGAACACCAUGAGAUUUUUAGUUACCCUGAAAUAUACUUUUUGGGUCCAAAUGCAAAGAAACGCCAAGGCACAACGGGCGGGCCAAACAACGGUGGCUACGACGACGAUCAGGGCUCUUACGUGCAGGUGCCCCACGAUCACAUCGCCUAUCGGUACGAAGUCCUAAAGGUCAUAGGCAAAGGGAGUUUCGGACAGGUGGUGAAAGCCUACGACCACAAGGUGCACCAGCACGUGGCCCUCAAGAUGGUGAGGAAUGAAAAGCGUUUCCACCGGCAGGCUGCGGAGGAGAUCCGGAUCCUGGAGCACCUGCGCAAGCAGGAUAAGGACAACAACAUGAACGUCAUCCACAUGCUGGAGAACUUCACUUUCCGCAACCACAUAUGCAUGACCUUUGAGUUACUGAGCAUGAACCUCUACGAGCUGAUCAAGAAAAACAAAUUUCAGGGCUUCAGCUUGCCCUUGGUUCGAAAAUUCGCCCAUUCGAUCCUGCAGUGCUUGGAUGCGUUGCACAAAAAUAGAAUCAUUCACUGUGACCUUAAACCCGAGAACAUCUUAUUAAAGCAGCAGGGUAGGAGUGGCAUUAAGGUGAUUGAUUUUGGCUCCAGUUGUUACGAGCAUCAGCGUGUCUACACGUACAUUCAGUCGCGUUUUUAUCGGGCGCCCGAAGUGAUCCUCGGUGCUCGGUACGGAAUGCCAAUCGAUAUGUGGAGCUUGGGCUGUAUUUUAGCGGAGCUCCUCACGGGGUACCCUCUCUUGCCUGGGGAAGAUGAAGGGGACCAGUUGGCUUGUAUGAUUGAACUCUUGGGCAUGCCUGCCCCCAAACUGCUAGAUGCAUCCAAACGAGCCAAAAAUUUUGUGAGCUCUAAAGGUUAUCCCCGCUACUGCACUGUUACAACUCUGUCUGAUGGCUCCAUCAUUCUAAAUGGGGGCCGCUCCCGAAGGGGGAAGCUGAGGGGCCCGCCGGAGAGUAGAGAGUGGGGGACCGCCCUCAAGGGGUGUGAUGACCCUCUUUUCCUUGAUUUCUUGAAACAGUGUUUAGAGUGGGAUCCUGCCAUACGCAUGACCCCCAGCCAGGCAUUGAGACAUCCCUGGCUUCGGAGGCGUUUGCCAAAGCCUCCGACCGGGGAGAAGACCACAGCAAAACGGAUAACGGAGAGCACUGGUGCUAUAACGUCUAUUUCCAAGUUACCUCCACCUUCGAGCUCAGCAUCCAAACUGAGGACUAAUUUGGCACAGAUGACAGAUGCCAAUGGGAAUAUUCAGCAGAGGACAGUGUUGCCAAAACUUGUUAGCUGAGCUUGAGUGCCCUCAUGCUGGUAAUCUGAGAGAAUACUAUAUUGCUGGGCCUUAUUCAUUUGAAACAAGUAGCUCAGAUAUGUUUUCAUUUGCUCAAUAAUUUUACUCAUUUGUAUCUUUUUAGCACUUAUUUUAAUGUAAGAGUUGUUCAUUUUGUUUUUAUAAAGUAUAUGGGGACAAUGCUUUAAGUUUUUAUAGUUUUAAAGAAUGUUUUUGUCUUCUAACGUAUGAUGAGCCUUACUGUAUUUCGUGUGGCAGAGAAAUAAAUAUCAGUGGCAGGCCAUUGAUGACAACAUGACUGUCACGCAUUGCAGCUUUGGUGUCAAAGGAAAUUCACUAUGUUUUGAUGGUUCACGUGAUAGUUUCCUCAAGAGCGGUGGCCCCGUAAGGCUCCCCCCUGCCCCCAUCUUCCAAUUUUGCCCACAAAUGUAGCACCUAUUGUUGUUUUCCAUACUGUUAUCUGGGACGAAGGAGUAGGAGUGGUUAGGGUGGAAGUCCACGUCCCCUGAAGAUACAGCUGUGUCCUACAGCAUUUUUAAAGUCAGUGUCCAAACGAAAGCAAAAAUAAGAUCCCUAAGAUUAAUUAUGUCCUAUUAACAUUCAGACAGUGUGUAAAAAAGCUAGAGAAGCAGACUGUGGGUGGAUGAAUGAAGAUGGGAAUCUGUGUGCUCUUCUAAAUCUUACAAUAUGACAGAUGAGUAGCUUUGUAAAGAGAAAGUCAUGUAUUGCAAAAAUGUUUUAAACCUAAUUUUAGAUGUGUAGCCCAGGGAGUAUUUCUCUUUCUGUCUCUUCGUUUAUGUCUCACCAAACUCCCCCUCUGCCCUCCUCCUCGGUCCACCCUGACAUCUUGCUUGCCAUCACGGUUUGCUUUUUAUUCUAAUCCAAGAUUGUUCAUAUAGAAAAGACGUUUUCCAUUUCUGUUGGAUUAUAAUCUCGGUUGAAAACGCUAGGGGAAAAAAAAACAGAUUUACUAGCUAUGUGUUGUUCCAAGAUGCUCCCAAAAGUUUCUUUUAGCCCGAGAAGAACUCAUUCUUCACUAAGAAAAAUUUAAAUUUCCUCUAUCAGCAGAAGUACUUAUCUUAUAGCUGCCCCAGUUAGGAUUGAUUCACACCAGCACUUAAAAAAAAAAAAAGAAUAAUUAUUAGUGUGACUUACUCUUCAGGAAUGAUAGUUGAAAAAACAUUCCUCUUAUUUGAUUUUACAUUUUAUUUGGAUAGCAUUUCUAGCUUUUGUUGGGAAAGACACUUUGCCUUGGAAGAAUAAUUUCCACAGUUAGGAAAGGGAAUAUUUCUUCUCUGAAUAGUAAUGAUUUCCAUGGCUGCAGAGUCAGUAUUUCAUCACAAACUGAUCAUCAGUGAGGUGCACCAGAGAAGUUAAGGAGGGCAAAAGAGCAAUUUUACAGAAUGUGUGAUUUACUGUAGAAAGAUUUCUGGCUGUUUGGACAAGAGGCUUUGGUUAAGGUAACAAAUUAGCAUAACUAAUUUUUAUAUGAAUAGAGAAUCUUCAAUUGCCUGUAAAUUGUUUUACAAGUACUUAAAGCAUGGUCCCCAGUGAGGCCAAGAAAGUUUCCGGUUAAGUUCUCCUGUUUAUCUUACAAUUUUCAUUUCUAUUUUUCAACAUAACAAAGCAAUUUUGAACAAAACAUUUUAUUUUCGUCUUGUGGGUUGGUUGAUAGUGAAGAAAAAUGCUCAGGAAAUACACAAAUAUUUGCCAAAAAAUCAAUACUUUAAAAUUAAACUUCAUUUUUAUUAAGGUAUUGGUGUUGAUAUUUGCUUUAAUAUUUAAAGUUGUCACCAAUAAAUUAAUCUGUACUUUUUUUUAAUUUAAAAAUGAUAGUUUCUUCCCCUACUCAAAAUAAAACAUUGUAGAAUACCGAAUGCGAUUCUUUGUAAUCUGUGAGAGUGCAAUAGUAGAUGAGUGUUGCAUUUUAAAUGAUACUAAUGUGAUACACAACCUGAUCAGUGGCUUUUGAAAUUUAAAUAUCUGCUUAUUUAUUAGUAACGUUGACCAUAGGCAGUCGAGGUUUGAUUGCCUGUGAACCACAAGUCUCUUAAUGAUGCUUAAUUUCCUUACCGAAUCAACAAAACAAAAAAUAUCAAGAUGCAAUUUUCCUUUAACUUACUUAUUAUCCCUUUGCUUCUCCCUUCCUUUUUAAUCUCCCAUUUGUCAAUACUUAGUUUUAAAUAUUGAAGCCUGAGCCUGAGCCUGCUUUUAAUAUACAUUUCAUAAUAAAACGAUUAAAAACAAUCAUUGAUGGGUUAAUGCCACUUGUCUUCUUUUCUAAAAUUUUUUUUCUCCCACCCAACUGGUUCUUAAGAUGCCAAUAAUGCAUUUGUGAUUGACUAUUCAUAAAUGCAACCGGAAACUUUUAGGCCAAACUUGAGUGUGCAGAGAUAUUUUUUUAACCCCCAAAUACAGUGAAAUUUCCUCUAUACUUAAAAAAAAAAAUCCUGCUAUAUUGCAGCUUUCUGUGAUAUGGCUGCUUUAAAAUAUUCUAGCACAUAUAUACAUAUAUAUAUAUAUAAUGUAAAGAAGGAAAAAUGUCUCAUCUUGCUUUGAUGUAAAUUUAAAAAUUAUCUAUUAAGGGCUCCGAUAGGCUGCUAGGAGUUGACUUGGAAACAGCACUUAGCCUCACAGGUGACCAUUGUCUAGGGAUGUCUGAGCUGUUUUCAGACCGAGUAAUAGCACAGUGUUGUCUUGUCUUUGGUUGCAGUCUCAUAUGGCUCAGUUUCUUGCACCACUGGAGUGUUUAUUGCCACUUAAGUGUAUUGCUAAAACAGUGGAACAACAGAAUGAUGCAAUUACUGUGUAGAUUAACAAUGGAGUAUAAAUCGUGCCCUUAGUGUUAACAAUGUGCCUUUUGUUAAGAAUGCCAUGUUGUAGGGCAUGCAUCUGGGCUUCUCUAACCCUUUGAAUAGGAGGUAGUGAGGACGAGGAACCUGUUUUUCAAAAGGUAAACUCGUCUUAGAACAUCGAAUCAACUUUCUAAGGCCUUAAUGCAAACUAGAAGGCAUGAGGCACUCGCCACACGGUGGGCGUCUCAAUACACCACCACCACCACCACCACCUUGCCACAUACAGGCGAUACCUACUUUACUUAAAGGGUUGAAGACAGCAUUCCUUAGUUAUUUGUAUCUUAACAUCAGACUGAUUUUUUAAAAGCUAUUUUUUUGUUAUGUGAACACUAGACAGAAAUCAACUGUAUUUGUAAAAUUUACCUCAAACUGUUUAAUUUUAUAGUGUGAUUAAUCCCAGGGCAUUUGGUUUGAACCAAAGUGCAUUCCUUUUCUAUGUACCUGGCUCUAGUAAAGGCGAAGCCAGGGAUUUUUACAAUUUGGGUGCGAGGCACUUACGCCACUUUUACCUGAAUGGGUGGUUUGGAGUCAUGUGAAAUCACUCCAUCAGAAUGUUUAGAAAACACUUUAGACUUUGGUAGCAUUGGGCCAUAUUGGAAUCUUUGAAGCCAGCAAAUGGGAGCGGAGCGUGGAUCAUUUUCCAGAGACGCAAUUUGUUUUUGUAGCUUUUGGUUUCCCAUCAAAAAGAUUUUUCUGGCGAGCAGAAGAAUUUUUGUCAAGAAGAUUCUGUCAGGAAAGAUUUGAAUAUCGCCCAAUACAGUGCUACGGUAGCAUUAAGACACACAUCGUGAACCAUUUGUUUCUAGGGGCUUGUACAUCUCUGCUAUGAAAAUAUAUCAGAAGUCAUUGUAAUUACUCGGCUCAACUGCUACAAUUAUGUCUAGGCAGUGGCUUGGGUUUUUAUCAAGCAACAACUUAGACACGUGACUGUGAUAUGCUGCAACUUGUGUGUACUGAAAAUAUGUGAAAAAAACGAUUGAAUGUGGAUUGUAUAUAUGUAUGUAAAAAACAAUCUGUGAGAUGCUGCUGUCGCCACUGAACAUUACAUAUGUUGUAGUGGAUUCGAAUCCUAGUGGACAGUUCUAUGAUACUGUGUGUAUUAUACAGCUGAUGGCAGGAGUAAGACUGUUUAGUGAAUAUUUGUUAAAUUUUAUUGUUGUGGCCAGAGAUCAUUUCAGAAUAAAAUUUUAAUGUCCUA